AUGGCACCAAGUACAGAGGAACCUCCCAAGAAUAAUGAGAUCGAAAGACUAACUAAUUCCAUCGACUCGUUGGAUCCAACCUCAGCAAGCCAAAGCCCGAUGAGAACAGACCAAUUAAGUCCCAGAGAGCAGAACGUCGGGGAUGGUCAUGAGCCGGGAGGUCGUAUCAGACAGGAUGCCGCAGGGUCGAGGAAGGAAGCAGCUGCAGCCAACGACCAGACAGACCAUCAUCAUCAUCUCUACGACGAGCCGCCGAUCAGACUGGUCUUCCUGGAUUUCGAGGUUGAGGAGGAGCUGCGCCCGAGUUUUGGUGGUUCCUGCAGUUGA